AUGAAUAUUUUUGCUUAUUUUCCUUCUAUAAAUAGCUUCUGGGGUUUGAUAUUAUAUUCAUUUUGUGCAUAUAUAGUGGCUACUUUAAUUGCAGAAAUAGUAUCAUCAUACAUGGUUAAUCCUGAUUAAUUAGAAUAAUAGAAGAAGAAAAUAAUUAAAUAAAGAGAAUUAAAAGAUAAGAAAGCAUAAGAAUUAUUAAAGAAGAUGAGUUGA